AUGGACCUGGUUGGUUUGUGCCAGAAAGAAUCUGACCGGGAUGACUUAUCUGUGGCAGGGGUGCAGCCUUUUAUAGAGGAGAAAGAGCUGGAGGUUUUGGAGAAAAGACAUUCAGAUCUUUGGUUAAACGAAAAACGGGCAAACAAUCUAGAAGACAGUGUGAUUGAGUUUGAUGAAGAUUUGGCCUCAGAUCCAUUAGAUUCGGAAUAUGUCCCACCUAUAUCUUUGAGUGCUGGUGUUGCAAUUCAAAGAGAAUCAAAAGAUGGCAUUGUGGCCCUUGCUGACGGGAGAAUGGACUCACCAGGUCAUUCUGCAACCAUGCAAGCAGCCGAGACCAGUUCAUGGACAUGUGGCGAGGUGUACUGCACCAUGUUAGUGGCGUGCAUGAGUGGGACCUGGAUCGUGCUGAACCGCAGAUGGCUGAAGGAUGUGGAGAAGUUCCUCACAUUUCGGACCACCUCACAGCUGGAAUCAUUCCAAAACCAUAUUCUGAUAGAGGACUCUUUUGAAUGUACGCGUGUUGCAGUCCGACAACAAGAAAUAGUCAAUUCUGCCCCACCUGUGGAAAAUGUCAAAGCGCGCUGGCCAGCACUUCAUACAGAGAGACAGGUCCUGGCAGAAUUUAACCAGAUCACCAGCUCCAAACUGGGCAAUGAUUUCGUUGAAGCAUUGGAUUGCCUAACGACACAGUUCAUCAAGCUCUUAAGGCCAAAAGGGGGUCUGCUGGCGCUAAGCUUUCCAAGAUUGUCCGGCACCUCGAUUCCUGUCAGAGGAGAUGGAGAAAGGAGAAAGGUACACAUCAAAAGAGAUGGUGGAACUGCAGGAAAACCCUGGUGA